UUAUCAUAGUUAUAGGACAGGUAUUUCGGUAUUUACUACAGCGACGACUGUGAAUGUAGCGAAUAAUAAAUUCUGUAUUUUUUAUAUACGUAAUGGUAUUCAAUGUAAAUGGAUGCUAGCGAAGUACUUUCUGCAACUGGGACUUGUAUCCAUAUACUGUCAGCCGUCGCAGCGUUUUCUUGCAUAACAAUGGCAAUAUCGGUCGCUGCGGAUGGAACAAGCACGCCGUAUAACUCCUCCGCAGAUCAAUAUGAACAUUCUGAUGCUUCCUCUGGGCUAGGGUUACAUAUUGGACUCGGCGUUGGCUUUGGACUCUUGACAAUCGCAAUCUUUGUUGGCGCCGGUUCGUUCUACUAUCGAAGAAAAUAUGUCGCUCAACGAAACAGUGAAGACUUCAACCCGGGUUCCAUUCACAUGGAUGAAUUUUAUGGAUCGCUGAACACGACGGAGUUUGCGAAUUCGUAUACGACACUAUCUUAGACCAUGUAUAAGUGUCGAGUUUAUGAAUGUUGGCGUAAACUAAUGGCCUUAGGAAGUGUGGUUUCCGAAAUCGGAAUCGUGUUGCAUUAUUUAAACUCCCAGUCUAAGAAUCACUAACAAUCAAUGGCAUUUGCUCGUUCAGAAGAAGUUAACAUCGAGAUUGUUAUGCUUAUAAUCAAGUUUAUUACGAGUAAUUUACAAUUGAACCUAUCAAUUAUACUAAAAGAACCAACUUCGACGAUAUAUGUAUUUCACAUUUACCUUUCUAGCUUAGAGUCUUUCUACGUUUUUAAUUAUGUUAUUUAUGAUAUCGUACCACGCGUUCUUGGUGACAGUGGAGUUUACAUCAUGAAAUGACAAUUUUAAAUUUUUGGCAGGCAAAUAAGUACGCCUGAAUGUGUACACGGGUCCCUGUUUGGUUUUGUAUCACCAUUAUAUACGUGGAGUUGAAUGUUUGCUUGUUCAGCUUACAUUACGACAUCAUCACAUAUAUGACGAAUAACUAAUUAAUUAAUAUAUAUCUGAGCUUAAGUGAUUUCUAUAGAUUUGCAGUUAUAUACCCUACCUACCAAAUCAUGCACUGAAUUAGAGUAUUAUCUGACAUUAAAAAAGUUGUUUGAAACAAAUAUCCCCAUUAAAUUAUAUUCAUUGAUAAGGACCAUACUUAUUAUAUUCCAAUAGUUUUCAAAUAUUUCUUUGACAAAUCUGAAUUGCUCCUUUCCAUAAUUUCGCUUUCCAUAUUUACAGACAAUAAUUACAUGAAAGGAAAAUCUAUUUAACUGUACAUCUUCGUCAAUAAGGUAUCAUAUUGAAAUAUUCUUCUUCCACUGCGAGACAGCGAGCCCUCAUUCCCCGUGAGCGGUCAACCCGGCCCAUGUGCCAGCAAUACAAUACACAUUUGUGUUCAUACCCGAAUAUUCCAUAAAAAAAGAAAAGCAGGUUUUCUGACGAUACAAUACCAAAUGAUUUUGAUAUGAACCGUUUAUUGUAGCCGAAAUGUUAGAUAUGAAUAAAACAUAAUUAAACACA